UGAAUCUGCAGAAAUCCAAUGUUGCUUUAAUUCCUUGAACAACAAGAAGUUCAUCUUCAUUAAUGUCGCAGAUGACUUUCGCAUAUUUAGUCAAGUGGAGGAAGUCUACAACCGUUUGAACCCGAAAAUAUAAUCCCGAAAUAAUUUAACCGAACUUUAAAAAAAUCACACCAACUUGUAUUGGUUUGAUUUGAUUAUUAAUAUUACAAAAUCGAAGAGGGAUAAAGCGAACGGUAUUUUUAUUCGACCGAUGCGCAACCCUAAAUUCUUCUACAAAAACAAACAAUAAAAAUCCCCAAAUUUUAACCAUUUUGACAGCACUAAUUGUCAUUAUCCUCUCUCUGUUUAUAUUUUCUCCUGCUUUCCUUCUCUAAGAAGCUCGCUCUCGCUCUCGCUCUCGUUUGAUUCCGACCAAGUUUUUCAAGUUUUUGUGAAGAGGAUAUAGAAAUGGUUCGAGAAGUAUCAGAGAGCUGUGUGGAGAGUUUACUGACAGAGAUCGUGUCUUCCUACUGCAAUGGCUUCUAUGCCGACAAACCUGAGCUCGCAGCCCGCCGCAUCGAAGCCAUCGGUUUUCAGGUCGGCCACCAACUUUCCGAGAGGUAUACUAUGGAUAGGCCCCGGUUCACCGAUCAUUUAGAGGCAAUCAAAUUUAUAUGCAAGGACUUCUGGUCUGAGGUCUUCAAGAAGCAAAUAGACAACCUGAAGACAAAUCACAGAGGAACCUUUGUGUUGCAAGACAAUCGUUUUCGUUGGCUGUCGCGGAUGUCAGUUGAUCCUUCUAUUGAAACUCUUGGUUCUAUUCAAGACCCUUCAGCCAUGGCUGAAAACAAAGCAGCACAAGCCAUAGGAAUGCAUCUCUAUUUUCCAUGUGGAAUCAUAAGGGGAGCACUUUCAAACCUUGGAAUUCCUUGUGCAGUUUCUGCAGAUAUAUCUAAUCUUCCUGCCUGUUCAUUUGUCAUACGAAUAAAGGCAUGAUGUGCUUUUGCAAGAAGAGUGAAUUAUCCUCAGGUUUCGGCAGCUACUUUCUGUUCUUAAUAUGUUCAAAGUCUCUCACCUGAAUCUCCUAUUUUCUGUUACGACUCUAAAGAGCUAGAGUUUUUCAAAGACAUGGAGGGUUGUAUAGGUAUUCUGAGUACAAACUUUCUUCUGCACGAUACCACAAACUUCUACAUGGACUCCCUCUCACCAGCAAACUUCUUGAUAUAAAUUAUCUUCAAAUCAGCUGAUAAUAUGCAUUAACAAUUUCAUGAA